GGAGAAGCCCCGCCCGGGGGGACCAUGGCCGAGCGGGCCGCUGCCCAGGUGUCAUUCAAAUAAAAAGCCAAGGCGUUUGAAGAAGGGGGUGUUCUCGCUUGUUUGGAGUCUGAGCAUUACACUGAACAGCUACAGUGUAAGAACUGUACUAGGAGACAAGGGAUGCAACAACUCCCAGAGCUACUUAGAAACCUUUGAAGCCUCUUUCCUAACAGAUCAGCUGGAGGAAUCUCUAGAACUUGCCUGCUAGUGACAUUGUAACGUAUACGUUACAAACCAUGCCAGCCCGCUGCGUAGUGGCCAGGUGUUCCAACACCACCCAAGACGGUGUAUCCUUGUUCAAAUUUCCAAAAGACCCUCACGUUAGGAACCUUUGGGACAGAUUUGUUCGGAUGAAGAGAGCAGACUGGAGAGGGGGACACGACCGCUCGCUGAUCUGCUCCGCGCACUUCACGGACGAGUGCUUUGACAUUUCAAGUGUGACGCAAAAAAAAUUAGAAUUUGGAAAGCGGUUACUUCUAACCAAAACAGCGGUUCCAACUCUGAACGUCUGCCCGAAUGUGAACGGGAACCCACAGUCCCUAUCGCAACCAAAAGGAAGAGGAGCCUUCCGGAAAAAAAUCAUCCAAGAGGCUGAUGAAUGGGAGGUGGAACCGCAGCCCCUGGCCGCCUUACAUCCACCGGUCCUCCCUGAGCAAACGUCUGUACAAGAAACACCACCUCCAAGUGCAGAGGCUUCCCUUCGGACUGUAUUAGCCGCAGUCCAAGCUGUUGAGAGGAAAUUAGAUUCUCAUGCUACGAGGUUGCUGGGUCUGGAAGGGAGAAUGUGGAUGGCUGAAAAAAAACUAAUAGGCUGUGAGAGAACGGUGGUGGAGUUUGGGAACCAGCUGGAGAGUAAAUGGGCCGUGCUGGGAACUCUGAUCCAGGAGUACGGGCUACUGCAGAGGAGGCUGGAGAACAUGGAGAACCUGCUGAAGAACAGGAACUUCUGGAUCCUGAGGCUUCCCCCUGGCGCUAAUGGAGAAGUCCCCAAGGUGCCGGUGACAUUUGAUGACAUCUCGGUCUAUUUCAAUGAGCAGGAAUGGAAAAGCUUGAGUGAAUGGCAGAAGGAGCUUUACAAGAACACGAUGAAGGGGAAUUAUGAGACCCUGAUCUCACUGGACUAUGCUGUUUCUAAACCUGACAUCCUGUCCCGGAUAGAGCGAGGGGAGGAGCCGUAUAUCGGGGAUCCGCAGGACUCUGAAGAAAGGAAAAUCUCUAUUGAACCGUGUGUCAACUCUCCCGUUGCUGCACCUGGCCGGUUGUGCCAGACCGAACAAGGUGCAGAGCUGUGUGUCGGGGAACAGGGCGAUGCUAAGGAAAGAGGUGUCCCUGCAGACCCCAGCACAGGAACCAAUUGCACAGUCUCCGGCUGUGAUGUUUUAUCAUGGAUUAAACGAGAGGAACAGUCCGGUGCUGAGAAUCAGGAACGCGUUGGGGAAGGAGAGCUCUCGACAGACCCCAGUGCUGGAUGCGCAGCUUCUGCACGCGACGCUUCGUGCCGGAGGGACGUUGAGGAAGAGCCAAGUGUGCGGGAUAUGCAGGUGUUGGAGGAAAGGCGACUCCAUACAGAGCUCUGCGCAGGCCAAGGGAGUGAUGUCUCUGAGUCUCUCUCUAUUGCUGCAGAUGAGGUGAUUGUGAUUAAAACGGAGAUUCAGGAGCAUGAGGAAGAUCCUGAAGACUUGGAGCCGCGUGACAUGCUCCUGGGAAGUUCAGGGGAAAGUGUUUCCCAGAGUCUGGUUGCUACAACAGCCUGGGAGGGUCAGUGCGGCUCUGUGACGCCGCCAAGGAGCCCGGCAGGCAUUGUCUUGGAGGAGCCGACUCCACGUGGAGGAGAUUUCGGUGGCAUCAAGCCUCUCCACAUCCAUCAGGUAAGCCACGCGGGAGGGAGGCCGUAUAUCAGGUGUACUAAGGGUGGGAAUUGCUUCCGGCUGAAAGUGAGCUUUGGGAAACAGCACAGGAGCCGUGCCAGAGAGAGACCUUAUCAGUGCACCGAGUGUGCCAGGAGCUUCCGGUACCAUUCGGAGUUCAUCCACCACUAUGCGAGCCACACUGGGGAGAGGCCAUACAAAUACACCAGCUGUGAGCAGACCUACAGCCGGAAAUGGUUCCUUCUGAAUCACCAACAAGUCCGCGUGGAGGAGAGGCCAUUCCAGUGCGUUGUGUGCGGGAAGAGCUUCCGGCUGAAGGGGAGUUUCCUCAGACACCAGUGGGGCCACGGGAAGGACAAUCCCCAGGAUUGCACGGAGCACAGCAAGGACUGCAGCUGCUACGCCGAGCUCUGUGCGGGCCAGCGGCUCCAGGCUGGGGGGAAGGUCGGCCAGUGUGCUGAGGGUGGGGAGACGUCUGCUCAGAAGCAGCGUCUGCCCAAUGGCCAGCGAGCGUGCUCUGGGGAGAGGCCAUUCCAAUGCACCAUCUGCGAGAAGAGCUACAAGGCCAGGGCCAGCUUCCACAAGCAUCUGCAGAGCCACGAGACCGGGACGCCCUGCACAUGUGCAAAGUGCGGGGCUGACUUCCCAGGUACGACGGCACCACAGGAUCAGCAGAAGGCAGACCAGACAGAGCAGGCUUCCCCAGGGCAAAGACUGGAGACCGGGAAAACACCAGGGGGUGGGAUGGGUGACUAG